AGGUGUAUGUGUGAAGUCUCUAAUCCGCAUUGGGCCAGCGUGGGGACUAUAGCCCAAGCCCUCUCGCGCAUGAGAGAAGGCCUGUGCCCAGCAGUGGGACGUAUAUAGGCUGAAUUAUUAUAUUAAUCAUUAAAAUGUUUUCAUUAAUUCAAUUACGUUAUUACUAUUCAUUGCUAAAAAAUUGUUCGUUAUAAUUGUUAAUACACGUUGCUACGUUACCAAUCAUUUAUUUUUAAACGUGACAGUUUCUUAUAUAGAUUCUAUGAUAAACUAGCGUUACCUAGUUUGCGUCUGGAACAGCGCCAUCUAUCAGGAAAUUGGAACAACAAACUAAACAUUAAUAAGUUUUUUUUAAAAGUAGGUAUAAGUAUGUCAUAUUGUUACUUUAAAUUGUUUUUUUUGUUUAACUAAUAGAACACAUUCGGUAUAGCUUAUGUGUGGAGUCCACACAUAAGCUAUACCGAAUGAGUCCACACAUAAGCUAUACCGCUGAGGAGUCCACACUGUGGACUCCUCAGCGGCCUAAAGGCCAGGCAUUACCAAUCGUCUCUUUCAGAGGCUAUUCCUGUCCAGUUUUCCCCGGCAAUCUCUACGAUCGUGUCUUUCCAUCUUACUUUUGGUCUACCAGAUCUGCGGUCUCCUCUGGCCUUUUCCAUGUAGUCGCUCUCUUUGUCCACCUGCCAUCUUGACACCUUAUAGGACUUAGACCACUCAAAUCAACUUUACUCUCUUUGACAUUCAUAAAAUAUGUAGUCGCUCUCUUUGUCCACCUCCCAUCUUGACACCUUAUAGGACUUAGACCACUCAAAUCAACUUUACUCUCUUUGACAUUCAUAAAAUAUGUAGUCGCUCUCUUUGUCCACCUCCCAUCUUGACACCUUAUAGGACUUAGACCACUCAAAUCAACUUUACUCUCUUUGAUAUUCACAAAAUAUGUAGUCGCUCUCUUUGUCCACCUGCCAUCUUGACACCUUAUCGGACUUAGACCACUCAAAUCAACUUUACUCUCUUUGACAUUCAUAAAAUAUGUAGUCGCUCGCUUUGUCCACCUGCAAUCUUGACACCUUAUAGGACUUAGACCACUCAAAUCAACUUUACUCUUUGAUAUUCAUAAAAUAUGUAGUCGCUCUCUUUGUCCACCUGCCAUCUUGACACCUAUUAGCACUUAGACCACUCAAAUCAACUUUACUCUCUUAGACAUUCAUAAAAUUGUCUAUUUCUAAUGUAGUUGGUUUUUCUUUUCAGUUAAUAUUCAGUCCUGAGGUAGCGGUAUAGAUCGUGUCAUUCACGAAGACGCGUGCGCGUUCUCGUUAUAUCAUGUUGUUAAAGGUUAGCUUUGACAAAUCUGCGCGUCAUCGUGGAUGACACGAACUGUAGCAUAUUGUAUUUACAGUGAAAUGAGAUAAAUGAACUAUAAUAAGAUUAAUAAGUAACAAAUUAAAUCAUCAAAAUGAUGUUAUUAAUGAUAAUAUUCAUAUUGAUAUUGAGAGCGAUAGAAGGCGCGUUGUAUGACACGUUCACUGGAGAGCGACUGACGCCGCAGAGAGAGGCGGAUGUGAGGAGAUUGAACCUUAUACCUUGGUGUGCCUUAGAAGUAGCCGACUGUCAGCCCAACGAGCGCCGACGUAUGGACUACUCUUGCAACAACCCCCGCUACCCCCCACGCGGCGCCACCCUCACCCCCUACUACCGCCUACUACCCCCGGUCUUCGGGAGGAACUAUACAGCCCGCCCUGCGAAGGACGGAGCAGAGCUGCCUCCUCUUACCCCCUCCUACCGUCUACUGCCCCCGGUCUUCGGGAGGAACUAUUCAGCCCGCCCUGCGAAGGACGGAGCAGAGCUGCCUCAUGUUAGAGACAUCAGGGUGGCAAUAAUAUCUGACGGACGUCGCUCGAGCGAGCACUACACACAGCUCACCACGCACAUAGGCGUGUUUCUCACCGGCGACGUGACGUCUCUGCACGACACCGUCAACUACGUCAUAUUCACAACGGACUGCUGCACGCCGGCGGGAGCGAUUGACCCGAGGUGUAUCCCGAUCAGAGUGGCAAACGAUGACGUACAUUUACGAAGAAGCAACGUCCGUUGCCUGAAUCUGACCGCGCCAAUCACGUACCAGAUGUUAGGGUGUGCGCCGGCCAGCUUGCCACCUUCUAGGGUAGAUGUGUUUCAGAUCAACACGUCCCCGCCAAUGAUCGAUCUCUCCAUCGUGUAUGGCAACAACGAAGCAGAUAUGCGCAAGGGCAAAGCGGGGGUCGGGGGCCGAAUCAAAACGGAGGUCCUAAAAGGCAAGGAGUGGCCCCCCAGCGGGGAAACCGUGUGCCUGCUCAACAAGCCGCAGCUGGGCGAGACCAGAUGCCAUAACUCGGCCAACCUAGGAAUCAACUCUAUUGUGGGCGCGAACCUCUUCGGCCUCUGGUUCAUACGCAACCACAACCAGAUCGCCAGACGCCUGGAAGAGCUGAAUCCCUGCUGGAGCGACGACCAACUGUUCGCGGAAGCAAGGGACGUGAACAUCGCUGUUGGGCAGCAGACUAUUUUCUAUGAGCUCAUGCCUUCUCUCAUGGGAUACGACUUCUUGCUGAAGCAGGGAGCGAUCUUCAAUACGUACGGACAUGUUGACGACUACGACGAGGAAUUGGAGCCAAGACUGAGCAUAGAGUUCGUCAUGGCGUACCGAUGGUUCCACACCAUGCAAGAAGGGCGGCUUAGACUGAUUGUCUUGUAUUUGGAAAAAUGCUCCUUUAAGAAUCGCCUCGCAGCAAUAGAUAAACAGUUUCAAAUACAUGUUUCCCUUAUCCACAGGAUGUACGACAACAGCGGGAGGGUAGUCGACGAGAGGAACAUAGUGGACUACACUCUAAGGACGGGCGCUCUUCCGGUAAACGAUACCAUAGAGAAGAUCACGCAGGGCGCCUUUAGGCAGCCGGCGGCUGCUUCAGAUAAUAUCGUGGAUCCAGAUGUGGGAGAAAGAAUCCUCGGCGACCUCCAAUUCGUGUCUGACGUAGUAUCAUCCGACAUAAUGAAAUACCGUGCUUUGGGGCUGCCCAGCUACAACGAGUACCGUCAGCUGUGCGGGCUGCACACUGCUAAAGAUUUCGAUGAUUUGAGGCAUUGGAUGAAGGAGGAGCAAGUAUCAUCACUACAAACAUCAUACCGUGACGUGGAUGACAUCGACCUGCACGCGGGCAUGAUCUCAGAGCAGCCCAUGCCAGGCGCCGCUGUCGGGCCCACUCUGGCCUGCAUCCUGGUUUUGCAGAUGAAACGGUGGCGGACGUCAGACCGGUUCUGGUACGAGAACUCGGUGCACCCCGGAUCGUUCACAGAAGAGCAGCUGUUCGAGAUACGAAAGUCCCGGAUUGCCCGGUUGCUAUGCGACCACGGAGAGGGUGUAGACAGUAUCCAGCCGUACCCCUUCCUGAUGCCGGGCCCGGGAAAUGAAAUAGUAAAGUGCUCCGAGAUACCAGCGAUGAACAUGUACCCGUGGAAGGACGAGGCCUGCUCUAAGGACAAACACUUGUACGAAGGGAAGACGACGGUUAACGGAUACUAUAGCCAGUUCAGUGAUUAUUUACAGAAGCUGUUUGUACAGACAUAGAUAGAUAGAAUACUCUUUAUUGGCACACCUCAGUAAAAGAUACAGCUCAAAGAAAAACAAUUGAUUAGUGAUAGAGGCAGACAACAUGCGGUCUUAGAUACUGAUACUUCCAGGCAAAUUCAAGUUUCGAGGUUGGCCAUUGCUAUCCAGCGCGGUAACGCGGCAAGUGUGAUGCGCACCUUUGCACCCGGUACAGCUCGCGGAGGUAUUUUAGAAUAAGAUAGUUUAUUUAGCACUGUACUCGUAGUUUAUUCAUCUAUUAUUGUUUUGUGUGUAUUUUUUUCCAAUAGUAUGUUACUUUUUGACGUAAUUGUAUAUUUUGUUUGAUUUCAUUAUUUACUGAAUAAAUUUAAAAAACACAUUUACUUUUAAGAUGAUUAUUGUGAAAGUAAAAUAAACAUUUUAAUUAUUAAAAAAAUCGAGUUCUAAAUAUUUAAUCUCAUUCCAAUAUGAUAGUUAUGGCAAAGAGUACAAUCUAUGUGUAUGAAAAGGGUCCAUCAAAAAACCUUAAAUAGUUGGCGCCACAUCGCGAACAAAUUUUUGACUUUGAUCAAAUCAAAUCACUGACAGCGCACUUCACUCCGUCAAUAACGUUUAAGUUGUGCUACCCUAGCGUCACCGGAGAGAUUUCAAACUAUUAUUUACACUAGCAACAGUUCUCCCAUAAGAGAUUGUUCUCCUCACCUCUGGGUACCAUAAUGAUACUGUUAUGAUACUGAUCAGUGUCAAAAGUGACGUUUUUGGAUUAGAUCUUUAGUUUUUUUUUUGUCCUUGUGGAUUACUUGUGGCUUUAGUUAUUAGAUCUUAUUCUAAAAUGAUUCUGAUCUGUCAGUGUCAAGUGACGUUUUUUGUUGAAGGUUGACAUAAUGCCUUCCGAAUCGAGCGCCAUCUUGAUAGUUAGUAUCGUGAUUAAUUCCUUUGUUUUUUGCUGAUUAAAAUUGUUUAAAGUGUAAGAUCAAUAGCUUAUUAGACAGUAAACUAAUGUGGUAGUGUGCAGUGAAUGGAGAAUUAAUCUUGAAACGCGUUUAACCACCAUUUUGGAGUCAACGGCCGAUAGUCCACGUGCUAUUUGUAAAGUCCAGCUAUCGCUUUACAAGAGUUGAUAAAAUCACCGUACACUGUCUUGUACUAACCGUACAAUUUUAGUCGUACUUAAAGCUCCUAAUACCUUGAUACUGGCGAAAUGGUCCCACUGGAACGAAGCCAUAAUUUUACAAGAAUGAAUGAAUGAAUGAACCAUCUCAUAAUGUUAGAUCAGUAUCACAUUAUAUGGUUAGAAUUGGCCUGUACGAUUUAAGUUUAUUAGUUUAAAUAUAAAUUAGAGGAUAGUGAUGAUCUGUAACAGUAAAACUAAAUAAAUCUCUGCAUAAGAAAAAUAACGUUUUUAGGGUUCCGUACCUAAAGGGUUACAAGAGGAACCCUUAUGGUGCGACUCCGUCCAUCCGUCUGCCUGUCUGUCUGUCACAUCGCUAAAUAUCUCGUGAACCACUAAAGCUAUCGAUUUGAAAUUUGGAAUAGUUAUGAUAUGAACACGGGUAACUACGGAACCCUACACUGAGCAUGCCCUACAUUUUUUUUAUAUCACGUCGGCGGCAAACAAGCGGCCCGCCUGAUGUUAAGCAGUCUCCGUAGCCUAUGUACGCCUGCAACUCCAGAGGAGUUACAUGCGCGUUGCCAACCCUAACAACCCUCCCUCCUCUCGUUGAGCUCUCGGACAAGUUCUUGGCCGGUUUUUUUUAAAACUAGGAUCUAGGCAAUACAAGAACAAAGUUACAUCACGCAGGAAACUGACAUCCAAGUAAUAAACCAAAUUCAAUAUAAAAGGUCAACUAUUAUUUAUGUUCGCGGAAGGCCGGUUUAAACGCAAUGUUGACAAACAAAUUCCAGUAAACAUAUAUCUUGUUGUGUGAUUUCAGAACUGGAUUUUUAUUGUGACAUAAUGUAAGGUAUGAAUGGAGUUCGGUUUGGAGAAGAAUGAUGUGAGAGCUGUUCUGACCUGUUUAGUCCCGUUGUCCUUUUAAAAGGACAAAUUCAAACCAAAUUUAGAAUAGUCGCAAACCAACGCAGCGAGCGUGAUGGGCACCUUUGCAUCGCCGGGGCUGGGUUCAGUAGGUAGGUAGUUUUAUUAUACAUAUUUAGUUUAUAUUUAAGUUUAAAUACAUUUAGGUUUAGUGAUUAAAUUUACUUUUUAAUUAGUUUUAUGUUUAAAUAUACAGUGUGCACUUUAUAUAGCGACACUCAAGGGACCGGAAUUUUUUUCACGUUAUAGAGAAUUUUCGUUAAAUAGAGAUAA